CGUUCCCAUCAGGAGUACCCGGCAUGACACCCCCAAGAAAGCAUUCUAAAAUCAAAGGCUCGAUUUUCGGUGUGGCCGUAGUCGACGCUCUUGGAGGACCAGUAGAGUUUCACCGGAGAGGAAGCUUCGCGAAGGUUACCGGCUAUCGGCACAAUGCAAACUUCGGCGUACCUCCAGGCACUUGGACCGAUGAUACCUCAAUGACCCUGUGCCUUGCACAGGCACUCAUUGAAUCCAAAGGCACUUUUGUUUCCCAGGCAGCUAUCCGAAACUAUAUAAAAUGGUGGAAAGAAGGGUACUUAUCGUCAACGGGGUACUGCUUUGAUAUUGGUGCCGGAACGGCAUCUGCGCUUGGGAUAUGGUUAAGAUUUUUUCAACGGAGAGCUAGCAUUCGUGAAGAUGAUCCAGACGCAGACAAUGAUGAACAGCCAGAAAUCGAUCGCGCACUCAAGCGCGAGAUAUUUUGCGGUAAUGGGUCACUAAUGCGGGUGUCGCCCGUCGGGCUUGUUUAUUCGCACGAUCUCGAUCAGGCUCUCUCUGUAGCCUUGCGUUCUUCUAUGGUGACUCACCCUUACCCGACUUGCGCAGAAUGCUGUAUGCUAUACACCAAACUUAUCGUGUGUGCCGUGAAUGGUGGCACCAAGGAGGAUAUCGCCCGAGAAUUCGCCAGCACUCCGUUCAACGAUCAAAAUGUGCGGCUGCGGUUCCUGAAGUACACCGGCCUUACAGAUUGGAUGGCCACAGAAGAGCGCACUAUAGAGUCUACCGGAUUCGUGAUUUCGACAUUGGAGGCAGCGUUGUGGAGUUUCUUCACUACAAGUUCGUUCCAGGAGGGCGCAUUAAGAGCGGUGAAUUUGGGACAUGAUGCUGAUACUGUAGGUGCCGUGUAUGGAGGGCUGGCAGGAGCAUUCUACGGGUUUGAGUCUAUCCCCGCAGAAUGGCUCGAAGGACUACAGAGAAAGGAUAUCAUCGAGGAAAUAUCUUCUGGUCUUGUUUCUCUUAAUGUUGAAGCAGGUAUGGCAUCGUCCUGUUAA